GGCCGGUCCGUGGAGUGAACGGUGGAGAGCAUCUCCCGCGAGGUCUCGGGUGCCCACAGCUCUGCAGCCACACUGGCGCCAUGAGAGCUCCGACCACCCCCACCGCCCGCUGCUCCGGACGCGUCCUGCGGAUGUGUUGGAGGGGCUUUCUGCCACUCGCCCUGGCUCUUUGGAUGGGGCCAGGUCAUGCCCAGAGGGACUCCGUGGGGAGAUAUGAACCAGCUAGCAGGGAUGCGAGUCGGCUGUGGCGCCCUGUGGGCAGUCACCCCGCAGCGGCUGCAGCCAAGGUGUACAGUCUAUUCCGGGAGCCUGAUGCGCCCGUCUCCGGCUUGCCGCCCUCGGAGUGGAACCAGCCGGGCCAGCGGAGCCCCAGGAGGCCCGCCGAGGCUGAGGCCGAGGCCAGGAGGCCAUUCCGUGCCCAACAGCUGCGUCGAGUCCAGCCACCUGUCCAGACCCGAAGAAGCAGUCCCCAGGGCCAGCAGCAGCCAGCAGCCCGGGCCGCGCCUUCUGUCGCGCGCCCGGUGACCCCGCAGCGACCCGCGGCUGCACGGCAGGGGCGGCUCACCGGGAGAAAUGUCUGCGGGGGACGGUGCUGCCCAGGAUGGACGACCUCGAACAGCACCACCCACUGCAUCAAACCUGUGUGCCAGCCUCCCUGUCAGAACCGGGGCUCCUGCAGCAGGCCCCAGCUCUGUGUCUGCCGGUCUGGCUUCCGCGGGGCACGCUGUGAAGAGGUCAUCCCUGAGGAGGAGUUUGACCCCCAGAAUGCCAGGCCUGUGCCGAGACGCUCAGUGGAGGGGGCCCCCAGCCCUCACAGGAACAGCGAAGCCAGAGGAAGUCUUGUGACCAGAAUACAGCUGCCGGCACCACCACCAGCAGCCAGGACCCUGAAUGGCCUCAGCCAGACCCGCCCCUUGCAGCAGCACACAGGGCUGUCCAGGACUGUUCGUCGUUACCCGGCCGCUGGUGCCAAUGGCCAGCUGACUUCCAACGCCUUGCCUUCGGGACCAGGACUUGAGCUGAGAGACGGCACCCAGCCAGCAUCACAUGUGAACCACCUCUCACCCCCUUGGGGGCUGAACCUCACCGAGAAAAUCAAGAAGAUCAAGGUCGUCUUCACCCCCACCAUCUGCAAGCAGACCUGUGCCCGUGGGCGCUGUGCCAACAGCUGCGAGAAGGGUGAUACCACCACCCUGUACAGCCAGGGUGGCCAUGGGCACGACCCCAAGUCUGGCUUCCGUAUCUAUUUCUGCCAGAUCCCCUGCCUGAAUGGAGGGCGCUGCAUUGGCCGGGAUGAGUGCUGGUGUCCAGCUAACUCCACAGGGAAGUUCUGCCAUCUGCCUGUCCCACAGCCAGACAGGGAGCCUCCAGGGAGAGGUUCCCACCACAGAGCCCUGCUGGAAGGGCCCUUGAAGCAAUCCACCUUCAUGCUGCCUCUCUCCAACCAGCUCGCCUCUGUGAACCCCUCAUUGGUGAAGGUGCACAUUCACCACCCGCCCGAGGCCUCAGUGCAGAUCCACCAGGUGGCACGGGUCCGGGGUGAGGUGGAUCCCGUGCUGGAUGAGAACAGUGUGGAGACCAGAGCUUCUUCUCAUCGGCCCCCUGGCAGCCCAAGCCACAGCCACUGGGCCAGUAACAGCAUACCUGCUCAGGCUGGAGAGGCCCCUCGGCCACCACCCCCAGUGCUGUCCAGGCGUCAGGGACUUCUGGGCCAGUGUUACCUGAGCACAGUGAAUGGACAGUGUGCUAACCCCCUGGUGGAUCUGACGUCUCAGGAGGACUGCUGUGGCAGUGUGGGGACCUUCUGGGGGGUGGCCUCAUGUGCUCCAUGCCCACCCAGACCAGCCUUCCCAGUAAUAGAAAAUGGCCAGCUGGAGUGUCCCCAAGGGUACAAGAGACUGAACCUCAGCCACUGCCAAGAUAUCAAUGAGUGCCUGACCCUGGGCCUGUGCCAGGACUCGGAGUGCGUGAACACCAGGGGCAGCUACCUGUGUACCUGCAGGCCUGGCCUGAUGCUGGAUCCGUCGAGGAGCCGCUGUGUAUCGGACAAAGCAGUCUCCAUGCACCAGGGACUGUGCUACCGGUCGCUGGGGUCUGGCACCUGCACCCUGCCUUUGAUACAACGGAUCACCAAGCAGAUAUGUUGCUGUAGCCGUGUGGGCAAAGCCUGGGGCAGCAAGUGUGAAAAGUGCCCCCUGCCUGGCACAGAGGCCUUCAGGGAGAUCUGCCCUGCUGGCCAUGGUUACACCUACUCAAGCUCAGACAUCCGCCUGUCCAUGAGGAAAGCCGUGGAAGAGGAACUGGCUAGCCCCUUCAGGGAACAGACACAGAAGAUCAGUGGACCUCUGCCUGGGGCAGCAGAGAGGCAACCACUCCGGGCAGUCACCGACACGUGGAUUGAGGCUGAGACCCUCCCUGACAAAGGUGACUCUCGGGCUAUUCAGAUCACAACCAGUGUUCCCCACCUACCUGCCCGGAUACCAGGGGAUGCCACCAGCAGACCGACACCACCAUUGCCUGGACAGGGCAUUCCAGAGAGUCCAGAGGAAGAGAAAGUGACUCCCUCCAGUGAUGUCCUGGUGACACAGAGUCCCCCAGGCUUUGAUCCAUGUUUUGCUGGGGCCUCCAACGUCUGUGGUCCUGGGACCUGUGUGAACCUCCCGGAUGGAUACCGAUGUAUCUGCAACCCUGGCUACCGGCUCCACCCCAGCCAGGACUACUGCACCGAUGACAACGAGUGUCUGAGGAACCCCUGUGCAGGAAGAGGACGCUGUGUCAACAGUGUGGGCUCUUACUCCUGCCUUUGCUACCCCGGCUACUCACUGGCCACCCUGGGAGACACUCAGGAGUGCCAAGAUAUAGAUGAGUGUGAGCAGCCCGGGGUGUGCAGUGGUGGGCGAUGCAGCAACACGGAGGGUUCAUACCACUGUGAAUGUGAUCGGGGCUACAUCAUGGUCAGACAAGGACACUGCCAAGAUAUCAAUGAAUGCCGUCACCCUGGUACCUGCCCUGAUGGGAGAUGCGUCAACUCCCCUGGCUCCUACUCUUGUCUGGCCUGUGAGGAGGGCUACAUAGGCCAGAGUGGGAGCUGUGUAGAUGUGAAUGAGUGUCUGACCCCUGGGAUCUGUGCCCAUGGAAGUUGCAUCAAUGUGGAAGGCUCCUUCAGAUGCUCUUGUGAGCCGGGCUACGAGGUCACCCCGGACAAAAAGGGCUGCCGAGAUGUGGAUGAGUGUACCAGCCGAGCCUCGUGCCCCUCCGGCCUCUGCCUCAACACCGAGGGCUCCUUCACCUGUUCAGCCUGUCAGAGUGGGUACUGGGUGAAUGAAGACGGCACUGCCUGUGAAGACCUGGAUGAGUGUGCCUUCCCUGGAGUCUGCCCUACAGGAGUCUGCACCAACACUGUGGGCUCCUUCUUCUGCAAGGACUGUGAUAAAGGCUACCGGCCCGGUCCCCUGGGCAACACCUGUGAAGAUGUGGAUGAGUGUGAAGGUCCCCAGAACAGCUGCCUUGGAGGCGAAUGUAAGAACACAGAAGGUUCCUACCAAUGCCUCUGCCCCCGGGGCUUCCAGCUGGCCAAUGGCACCAUGUGUGAGGACGUGGACGAGUGUGCUGGGGAGGAGGAGCACUGUGCUCCUCACGGCGAGUGCCUCAACAGCCAAGGGUCCUUCUUCUGCCUCUGUGCACCCGGCUUUGUCAGUGCUGAGGGGGGCACCAGAUGCCAGGAUGUUGAUGAGUGUGCAGCCACAGACCCAUGUCUACGAGGGCAUUGUGUCAACACAGAGGGCUCCUUCAGCUGUCUGUGUGAGCCCGGCUUCCAGCCCUCCCCAGACAGUGGAGAGUGUGUGGAUAUUGAUGAGUGUGAGGAUGAGGAAGACCCAGUGUGUGGAGCCUGGAGGUGUGAGAACAGCCCCGGUUCCUACCGCUGUGUCCUGGGCUGCCAGCCUGGCUUCUACAUGGCCCCGACUGGAGACUGCAUUGACGUAGAUGAAUGCGCCAACGACACUGUGUGUGGCAGCCACGGCUUCUGUGACAAUACUGAUGGCUCUUUCCGCUGCCUGUGUGACCAGGGCUUCGAGACCUCACCCUCAGGCUGGGAAUGUGUCGACGUGAACGAGUGUGAGCUCAUGCUGGCAGUGUGUGGGGCUGCACUCUGUGAGAACGUGGAAGGCUCCUUCCUGUGCCUGUGUGCCAGUGACCUCGAGGAGUAUGACGCACAAGAAGGACACUGCCGUCCUCGGGUGGCUGGAGCUCAGAGAAUCCCAGAGGUCCCAACAGGGGACCCUGCUCCAGGCCUCACCCGCAUGGAAUGCUACUCUGAGCACAAUGGUGGUCCUCCCUGCUCAAGCAUCCUGGGCCAGAACUCCACCCAGGCUGAAUGCUGCUGUACUCAGGGUGCCAGAUGGGGAAAAGCCUGUGACCCUUGCCCAUCCGAGGACUCAGUUGAAUUCGGUGAGCUCUGCCCCAGUGGUCAAGGCUACAUCCCUGUGGAAGGAGCCUGGACAUUUGGACAAACCAUGUACACAGAUGCCGACGAGUGCGUCCUGUUCGGACCUGCUCUCUGCCAGAAUGGCCGGUGCCUCAACACAGUGCCUGGCUACAUUUGCCUGUGCGAUCCUGGCUACCAUUAUGACGCCUCCAGCAGGAAGUGCCAGGAUCACAAUGAGUGCCAGGACUUGGCCUGUGAGAAUGGAGAGUGUGUGAACACAGACGGCUCCUUCCACUGUUUCUGCACUCCCCCCCUCGUCCUUGACCUUAGUGGGCAACGCUGUGUGAACAGUACCAGCAGCAGCACAGAGGACUUCCCUGACCAUGACAUCCACAUGGACAUCUGCUGGAAAAAAGUCACCAAUGACGUGUGCAGCCAACCCUUGCGCGGGCACCAUACUACUUACACAGAAUGCUGCUGCCAGGAUGGUGAGGCCUGGAGCCAGCAGUGUGCUCUGUGCCCCCCUCGGAGCUCUGAAGUCUACGCUCAGCUGUGCAAUGUGGCUCGGAUUGAGGCAGAGCGGGAAGCAGGGAUCCACUUCCGGCCAGGCUAUGAGUAUGGCCCCGGCCCAGAUGAUCUGCCUUACAAUCUCUAUGGCCCAGAUGGGGCCCCUUUCUACAACUACCUGGGCCCAGAGGACACCGUUCCCGAGCCUUCCUUCUCCAACACGGCCAGUCAGCUGGGAGGUAACACACCGGUCCUCGAACCUCCUUUGCAGCCGUCUGAACUUGAGCCCCGUUACGUGGCCAGCCAUUCAGAACCACUGGCCUCCUUUGAAGGACUUCAGGCUGAGGAAUGUGGCGUCCUGAAUGGCUGUGAGAAUGGCCGCUGUGUGCGUGUGCGGGAGGGCUACACUUGUGACUGCUUUGAAGGCUUCCAGCUGGAUGCGGCCCACAUGGCCUGCGUGGAUGUGAAUGAGUGCGAAGACUUGAACGGGCCUGCCGCGCUCUGUGCACAUGGUCACUGUGAGAACACAGAGGGUUCCUACCGCUGCCACUGCUCCCCAGGUUACGUGGCAGAGCCAGGCCCCCCACACUGUGCGGCCAAGGAGUAAACGUGAGGGAUCACUGUGGGCAGCUAGCUCUCUGGAAUUGGCUUCAGCCAUAGGCUGGGAACUUAAGAUUGCUUCCCUGGCUGGGCAAACAUCGUGGCUGGGAAGACUGCAGGAUGCCAUCAGGCCAGGGCUCUGCAGUCAGGUUGUCGGCCUUGCCUGCUUUUUUUUUUUUUUUUUAAUCUCUUCCAGCUUAGUUCUGGCUGUGAGCUUCCAUCACUGCCUCUAUGCCAUUGCCUGGCUCAGACACCGCAAAUAUUUUUAAUGCUUCAGCCACUGGCCAUGAGACACAGCCUACCAUCUGUCUGUCCUCGGGGCCUCACUGUAGGACGGCUCAUCAGAAGAGUCCUCAUCCACUUCGCUUAGGCUGUGCGGAAACUUGCAGGCACCUCUUUCCAGCUGUGAUCCACACCUCGUCCUGAUGAUUCCACACCUGGGACAUCGGCUACCUCUGCCCUGGGAUGGCCCUCCACCAUCUGUGGAGCAAGACAGGGUUGGAAAAGUUUGGGGGAUGGCUCCAACACCACCUCUCCGAACGACAACCGCCCAGGCAAUCUGGUGUGAGCUCUUUUUGCCACAUCUCCGCCCUGUAGACCGUCUGUGGCCCCAGGAAGGGGACCAGUUUCCCUCAUCUCAGAGGAUGAAGACUUUGUGUAAGAAACACAAAGGAAGAGGGAAAAUGAGCCCGAGAAGCAGCAAGAGAGAGAAAUACAAAAGCCAUGGGGAGCUGACAUGAGAGGAGGAGCCAGGAUUUAUACAGAUCGAAAAACACUGAGUGGCUUUGGGCAAAUGACUCAAAACCGCCGUAUAGCCUCUAUGCACCAGUAGUGAGGGUUGCCGCAAGACGCGGCACCCAUCUCCAAAGACCUUCAUUAGCUAUUCAUGUUCCCUUCAGGAACCAAAUCUCUUCUGGGCUUUUUGUGAAACCCAAAUUGAUGGGCUUGGUCUUGCCAGAGGAAGCCACGUUUUCAGUGUUGUUGAUCUCCUCUACUCAGAAAGCCUUGCCCUUGUUCCCUGCAGGAAAAAAAUGAGUGUCUGGAAUCCCCUCUAGGAGAAGCACUUCCAUCCAAGCUAGCUGGGAGUUCAGGAGCAUGAUGGAAUAAAGAAAUGUUCACCUGGA